GAAGUGAGAUCCUGCACACAGGCAGGCAGUGUUUGAGUGUAUGGUCAGUAAGCAUGAGCGGGGAGUUUGUGUGGGGAUCCCUACUGGUUGUGUCCUGCUAGGAAGAGCUUGUUGUCUCUGUGUUUUUAUCCGUCAUGAAACUGAAAGAGAGCAGCGUGAACAAGCGGGUUAAGAUGGCACGGUGUAAGAAGGACAAGAGUGUCGUUGAUCAUGGGGUGGUUAACCCUGCCAUUACCGAGUUAGCCAAAAGUUUGUCAGGGUCAGAUGGAGUACCGCAGUUGACUGUCAGGGAGGAUGGAACGUAUGAUAUCGGAGGGUUGCUACUCACGGACAGGAUGAGUGACGUGUCGGGGGAGGAGGAUGGCCAGGAGUGGCUGUACGAGCUGCUACAGGAAGUCCAGCUGGAGCAGUUCUACACAAAACUCCGCGAUGACCUCCAGGUCACCAGACUGGUGCACUUCGACUAUGUGAAGGGGGAAGACCUGGAGAAGAUCGGGAUGGGGAAACCCGCCAUCAGACGUCUGCUGGAUGCUGUCAAAAGAAAAAAGUCCUUUCGCAAAAAAGGGGGAGGAAUCCUGGACAAGAUAUUACCGAGUGGGAAGACGAACGAGAAGGGAUCAAUGAAGAAGCAGAGUCCUGGCUCCAGGGUGACUGAACAGGCACUAACAUGCCUCAUAGACCAGAAAAAUCUCAACAUGUAUGAAAAACUAGGCAAUGGGUCAUUCGGCGUCGUCAGGAGAGGGGACUGGAUGACCCCUGCUGGGUCAAAGAAAAGUGUUGCAGUUAAAAUUUUGAAGAAUGAUGCCCUUGCACAACCUGGAGCCUUCGAAGACUUUGUGAAGGAAGUGAACGCCAUGCAUACCCUCAACCAUCCCAAUCUGAUCAAACUGUACGGUGUUGUCCUCUCCGCACCUCUCAUGAUGAUAACAGAGUUGGCUCCCCUGGGUGCCAUGUUGGACCGACUGCGAGCCCUGCAGGAGAAGAUACUGAUCUCAACCCUGGUGGAGUACGCAAUACAGAUAUCUACUGGCAUGAGCUACCUCGAGUCUAAACGCUUCAUACAUCGAGACCUGGCAUGUAGGAAUGUCCUAUUAUCUACACCAGACAAGGUAAAGAUUGGUGACUUUGGGUUGAUGCGAGCUCUUCCUAGUCAGGAGGAUCACUAUGUGAUGUCCGAACACAAGAAGGUGCCGUUUGCAUGGUGCGCCCCAGAGAGCCUCAAGUCGCGGCAGUUUUCCCACGCCAGUGACACGUGGAUGUUCGGGGUGACGUUGUGGGAGAUGUUCACGUUCGGCCAGGAACCAUGGCUGGGCUACAAUGGCUCCCAGAUUCUUCAUAAGAUUGACGUGGAAGCAGAGCGUCUGAGCAAGCCCAAGUGUUGCCCAACCGACAUCUACCAGCUCAUGUUGCAGUGUUGGGCCCACAAGUCUCACGAUAGACCAACGUUUGUGGCACUCAAGGACUUCCUGUGUGAGGUGCGCACCAAUGAUAUGAGAGCCACUCAGAAGUUCCAGGAGAAGGAUAAACUCGAGAUAGAGGAGGGGGAUCUAAUCACCAUCAUUGACGGAAACCCUGAGAAUUACUGGUGGAAGGGACAGAACAAGAGGACUGCCGAAGUCGGGGACUUUCCACGGAAUUUGUUAGAUCCGCAGAGGAGACUUGCAAGUCUUGACAUCAGCAAACCUCUGAAGAACAGCUUCAUCCACACCGGUCAUGGGGACGUGGGAGGCAACACAUGGGGGGACCCCAGCGCCAUCGACGAGGUGUAUUUGCGGAACCCUAUGGAACCUCCUGAUAUUGGUGGCACCAAUGACGAUCUGAGUGCUACCAAACUAGCAGACAGAGGUGGUACAAAACGCCCAUUCCCUGGAAAGAAACACAAGAACUAUUCCAAACUAGAGAACGAGCCAUCCUUCGAGGCCAAAAGUCCAACCAAAAAGACGCCCCCUGCCCAAAAAUCAGCACCCUUAGCUGCAGUCUCUGGCACCCCGAGACAGAACAGUGAACGACCACUAGGGAACAGGAACUCGACUGGGAGUCGAGGAUCCAAUGCAAGUCGAGGUUCAUCGGGAAGUCGAAGUUCAACUCGCAGUGUAAGAUCAGAACCGGAGAAACCUUUGAUAGACUUAAGUGAAGACACAGAGGAACAAGCACCUCCACCAAGAACAAAUAUCAAAACAACACGGAGCACGUUGUCGUUGUUUGACACGUUGUGCACACAACAGAACACAAGCCACUACGGUAACAUCGAUCUUCCUAAGCCGAUCUUCUCAGACAAGGCUGAAGACCCUUUUGAGAUUCAACCCAAUCUGCGUGUUUACUCCUCAGACUCGUCCAAAUCUUUUGAAGGCUCGUGGCAAGAGUCUCACUCAGUGUUUCAUUCAGACAGAAAUGUUUUCUCGGAGACUUCAACAUAUACGGUUCAGAAACCUGUCUCUGAAAAAGAUAACCUGUCGUUGUCGCAAAACACAAAUGAUUCCGGAUCAGGCUACUACUCUAUGCCACCUUUAGAAGACCCCCAGUACAGUAAGAUAGAUAAAGUUUCCAAUUCCUGUGUUGAGUCAUUGAAGAGGAAAACUUCAGCGCCAGUCCGGCCCCCUCCCACUUACAAUUCCAGUGAUAAGUUCUCUCCGAGUGACCGAUUGCAUAAACACCCCGAACAAAAACCUCAUUUUAAUAAUUUAGAGCGUGAACGCUUCAAACAAAAUUUGGAAAAGACCUUGAGUUCUGGAAGCAGUGGUGAGAAACCAUUAUCGCCAACAAGAGGCAGUCCAGGUUCUCAGUGUAUUUCAAGGUCAUCUGGAGCAAGGUCACUGCCGUCUGCUCGCAGCCUGUCUGCAAGCUCCUCACCAGCUUCUCAGAGGCCUAAAUUAAUAUCAUCCUCACAGACAUCUUCCCCAAACCCUGUGCGGAGUCAGUCAACCACCUCAAGACCAAUCCCAGCCAAUGCACAUCCAGUGUUUCCACCCAAUGCUUUUCCACAGCCAUUAAACCCUUGUGUUCCAAGAAAUUCAGACAAUAAAGCCGACAAGGCUUUCGAUUGGAUUAAUGAUGCUAUGAGUGAUUUUGCAAUAGCUAGGGCGAACAACCGUCAAAAGGCUUUACAACCUCCCGUGAAAAAGAACUGGGUUACCUUUCCUUUGUACGACGAGGUGCCAGUUGAAGAGCCAAUCAUGUCGAAACAGGAAGAGGCCUGUACACCAAGUCCAGGGUCAAAAACUCUUCGUAUUGAUGUUCACAAAGCACGAUCUCAUACCUUCGCAGGACAGUCGAUGCCUGCACCUAGUCAAGGACCUGUGUUGACACCCCCAAUAUCUUUCCCUCAGUAUGAUCAAGUCCCGGUUGAUGAUGAUCCUGAGGAUGUCCGAAACGUUUCGAAGUACGCUCCUGCUUCAGAAGUGUCUUACGGACCCGAUGCAUGGGGUGAUGACUUUGAUUCCGACUUUGAUGAUGAUGAGUUUGAGGAAGCGGAUGCUAAUAUAUGUGCAAUGGCAGGUGACAACCCCCCUCCCCUCCCUCCGAGGGACUACCAUGGAGGGGCGCACUCCGGCGGGGGGAGGGAGGCCGUAAACCAAAGACCAAACAUUUAUCCGUUAGUUCAGGAUGGCAAACAGUUGAGUCACACACAUUAUUUUCUGAUUCCACCGAAAGGUUCUCAGCGGGGUGUGAGCACUGCGGAGGUGAAGCCGUUCAUGAUGAGCCGCGAUCAAACUGAUGGUGAGCAUCAUCAGAGCGAAUAUCAAAACAUAUCAUACACUUCUUCGAGGCCAGGUGAACUGGCUCAAGAAAACCCAUCGUUCACAUGGUCAAAUAUGAGCGGUGGUAAGCCGGUUGUUCCUCAGUCGCCACGGCAACAAGGGAGACAAGCACAGUCGCCAAGAUCAAGGCCGGAUCAACCCAAAAGCAGUGCACGGGAUAUCAAAGGGGGCAGUCACAAUCGACAAACGGACAGUUUCGUGAGUUCGUCACCUCGGGAUCGGAUCGCGCAGGUUCAGAGCCAGGUCAUCGGUGUGACUGAUGAAGAGUGUCAUACAGCAUUGUGUCAUACGCACUGGGAUAUGGAAAAUGCUGUGAAAUAUUUGAAAACUGAACAGUUAUUCCGACUCGGUCUGGCAUCUCGAGAUCACUGUGAGAAACUCCUGGUGGCGUUGCAGUGGAACUUGGAGCUUGCCAGCUCGGUGAUGCUAGACGAAGUGCGGGGAAAUGUGCAGGUGGAAUCGACAGUGUGAAGACAUUAGACUCCACAGUGUGAUCGACAGUGUGGAGGCAUUACACUGACAGUUAUUUAUUUAUCUCAGUCAGUGGCAUGUUAACCUAAUUUGCAGAUCUCGUUUGAAGGGCAAUGUGAAUGUAUGUACCAUGUUAGCACGUGAAGUAUACUGAGACUUGCAAACUCAUUUGUUUAUAUAACUUGGAUUACAGGUGUAUUCACAACCAGGCCGUAGGUCCUUGGCUAAAAUAAAAAUAUAUUCGAAAAAUGACUAGAUUGGUUUAAUGAGAAGAGUUGCUGAGGGCGUUUCUUUGAACUAGACAAGAGUUGCCUCCCUUGCCAUAUCAAUCCACUUUUGAAAAGUUUUCUAAACAUUGUGAUCUCGGUUGUUUUGGGAUAAAUUUUGGUUCAGUGGAUAAAGUACACCAAGUGAUAUAUCUUCCUGAGGCAAGGGAGGUAACUGACAAUAAAAGUCCAGUUUCCACCAUUGCCGAAACAGGCUGGAAUUUCGAAGCUCAAUCGUCGUGCCACCAGUGGUUAUUACCAGUUAUGUCCCUUUUCUUGACCAGUCAGAUUCCACCUCUUGCAAUUACUUCAAACAAAAUGGCGGUGCCCAGUCAAGACAAUCUGAUC